AUGGCUACCGAUCAAGAAGUGGCCACUGCGCUCAAGGUGCAGGGCAACAAGGCCUUUGCUCAGCAUGACUGGCCUGUCGCAGUCGACUUUUAUAACCAGGCUAUUGCCAAAUUUGAUAAAGACCCAUCUUUCUUCAGCAACCGGGCCCAGGCUCAAAUUAAGCUCGAGGCCUUUGGCUUUGCUAUCGCCGACGCCACCAAGGCAAUCGAAUUGGAUCCUAACUAUGUGAAGGCCUACUGGAGACGUGCCCUCGCCAAUACCGCCAUUCUAAGCUACAAGGAGGCCUUGAAGGACUUCAAGGCCGUGGUUAGACGCGAACCGAACAACCAGAAUGCCAAGUUGAAGGCUGCCGAGUGUGAGAAGCUCGUGCGCCGCAGAGAGUUCGAGCGGGCCAUUGAGAUCGCAGACCCGCCUUCUGCUUUUGCGGAUUUGGACAUCGGUGCUAUCAAUGUCGAGGAGGAUUACGAUGGUGUGCGCCUUGGCGAGGAAAUGUCGCAGGAAUUUAUCGAUGAUAUGAUUGAGCGCUUUAAGGAUGGAAAGAAAAUCCAUCGCAAAUAUGUCUUCCAGAUUAUCAAGGCUGUCAAGGAUCUGGUAUACAACGAGCCUACUAUGGUGGAAAUUGGUGUGGAGUCGGGCAAGAAGCUGACAGUCUGCGGUGAUACGCACGGCCAAUACUUCGAUUUGCUCGAGAUCUUCCGACUAAACGGUGCCCCCUCCGAUACUCACGCCUACCUCUUCAACGGUGACUUUGUUGACCGUGGCUCCUGGUCCUGCGAAAUCGCACUGCUGCUAUACGCAUACAAGUGGUUGCGUCCUAACGGUCUUUUCCUUAACCGUGGAAACCACGAGACGGACGAUAUGAAUAAGGUAUACGGCUUCGAAGGCGAGUGCAAGGCUAAAUAUAACGAGCGGGUCUUCAAGGUGUUCUCCGAGUCUUUCUCGGCUCUGCCACUGGCCACCUUGAUUGGCGACAAGUACCUUGUCCUGCACGGUGGUCUCUUCUCCGAUGACAAGAUCAAGUUGGAUGAUAUCCGCAAGCUCAACCGCCACAACCAACGGCAGCCCGGCCAAGCCGGCCUGAUGAUGGAGAUGCUCUGGACAGACCCGCAGACCGAGGUUGGUCGCGGCCCCAGCAAGCGUGGUGUCGGUCUCCAAUUUGGCCCUGAUGUGACCAAGCGCUUCUGCGAAAACAACGGCCUGGAGGCUAUCAUUCGCUCCCACGAGGUGCGGAUGGGCGGUUACGAGGUUGAACACGAUGGUCGUUGCAUCACCGUCUUUUCCGCUCCUAAGUACUGCGAUGCGACUGAAAAUAAGGGUGCCUACAUCAACAUCGGACCCGAACUCAAGCUUGCAUAUGAAGUCUUCGAGGCAGUGCCACACCCUGAUAUCAAGCCGAUGACUGGCGCUAUCGAUGACCUUCACCGCACUGUUGUAGGUGUCAAUGACAACGAGAAGGCAAAUGAAGGCAAGAGCAUUAUUGCCAACUUGGCCAAGUUGAAGUAUGAGCUUCAGCAUAACCGACAACUGACUCCCCUGGAUGACGACGGACACCCCGAUAUUGCCUCGUAUAACAAGGAACUCGAGGAGCGCGGAAACCCUCACUGGCACGAUGUGGCGUGGCUGUAUUCAGAGUGCUACCUCUAUCGCCGCAUGGAAGCCCUCUUUGCGCUGUCCAAGCAUUGGAAGGGCUAUGACGUUUUCGCCCGCCAGAAGAUGGAUACAUUUAAGUCGUCCCGUCCCGCCGUACUAGAACUCGCUGCGAGAUACCGUGAAUUAGCGAUAGAGGCAGAGUCAGGAAAAGCAAGAGAAAACAAGUCGGCAGAGGAGAUCGAGCAGGCAGAGAAACUUCUCUUCUCGGAGAUGUGCGAGAUCUGCUUAUGGGGUAAUGCCACCGAUCUGUCCCUUCUGACAUCUCUUACGUAUGAGGAUAUCCAGAAACUACAGGGCUCUGAGGCGCGCAAAGCAUCGCAGAAGAAUAUCAUUGUCAACGACCUCGAUGCUGCUUUCGAAGCAAUGCAAAAGGCGCGGGGAGAAAAGAAGGAUGGCGAGCGUCGCGUCGACAUCGUCCUAGACAACUCCGGAUUUGAGUUAUUCGUUGACCUAAUCCUCGCUGGAUACUUGCUGUCCGCCGGGCUGGCGACCAGCGUCGUGCUCCACCCCAAGCGCAUGCCGUGGUUCGUGUCAGAUGUCACACCGAAGGAUUUCUCCGAUCUGCUCAACAGUAUGGUCGACCCCCAGGCCUUUUACACAGCAGCCGAUGACUCGGGCAAGACAUUCCCUCCUCUUUCCGAGAAUGAAGUCUCCAACGUGCAAUUCCUCUUGGAGCAGUGGAGCCAGUUCCACCAGGAUGGCAAGCUGAUCCUGCGCCCUCACGCUUUCUGGACCACCCCGGGCGGUUACUGGCGCAUGCCAUCUGUGGCACCGGAGUUGUUCGAAGAUUUGAAGGAGAGCGAGCUUGUUCUGUUUAAGGGCGACUUAAACUAUCGGAAGUUGGUCAAUGAUGCCCAAUGGGAUCCCACCACUCCUUUCACAGAAGCCAUUGGCCCGCUUGGCCCCAAGUCCGGGAUCCGUGUUCUAGCCUUCCGUACCUGCAAGGCUGAUCCUGUUGUUGGUCUCCCGGCUGGCGAGGACGAGAAGCUCCGUGCACUGCCUGGAGGCGGCGGCUCUGAGUCUCGCAAGUGGGCCUGGGGCGGGAAAUGGGCUGUCGUGUCGCUUUCUGACGGCAAGGCCUGA